AUGGUGGAAAAGCGAUGGUGGAACAGUGAUUGUGGAACAGUGAUGGUGGAACUGCAAUUGUGGAAGAGCAAUGGUGGAACGGUAAUGGUGGAACAGUUAUGGUGGAAUAGGAAUGGUGGAACAGUGAUGGUGGAACAGCAAUUGUGGAAGAGCAAUGGUGGAACAGUGAUGGUGGAAGAGCAAUGGUAAAAGAGUAAUGAGGGAGCAGGAAUGGUGGAACAGUAAUGGUUGAAAGGCAAUGGUGGAACAGUAAUGGCGGAACUGCAGUGGUGGAACAGUAACGGUGGAACAGCAAUUGUAGAACAGCAAUGGUGGAACGGUGCUGGUGGAACAGUGAUGGUAGAACAGUUAUGGUGGAAUAGUAAUGGUGGAACAUUGAUGGUGGAACAGCAAUGGUGGAACAGUAAUGGUGGAACGGUAAUAGUUUAACAGUAAUGGUGGAACAGUUAUGGUAGAAAAGCAAUGGUUCAACAGUAAUGGUGGAACUGCAGUGGUGGAACAGUAACGGUGAAACAGCAAUUGUAGAACAGCAAUGGUGGAACGGUGCUGGUGGAACAGUGAUGGUGGAACAGUUAUGGUGGAAUAGUAAUGGUGGAACAUUGAUGGUGGAACAGCAAUGGUGGAACAGUAAUGGUGGAACAGUAAUAGUGGAACAGUGAUGGUGGAACAUUUAUGGUAGAAUAGCAAUGAUGGAACAGUAAUGGUGGAUCAGUAAUGGUGGAACAGUACAGGUGGAAAGGCAAUGGUGGAACACCGAUGGUUGAACACUAGUCGUGAAACAGUAAUGGUGGAAAAGCAAUGGUGGAACAGUAAUGAUGGAACAGCAAUGAUAAAAUAGUAAUGGUGGAACAACAAUGGUGGAACAGUAAUGGUGGAACGGUAAUAGUGGAACAGCAAUGGUGGAACAGUAAUGGUUUAAAAGUAAUUGAAAUUGGAAAUCCCAACCAAGUUCCCUGAUUGGGACUUGUCUCACUCUUCCAAAUUUGGGAUUUUUGUGGGUAUUCUUUAAAUACCCUAAAAUAUCCAAAAAUAGGAAUCUGUUAUUUUUUCCUGUGAUGGUGGAACAGUAAUGGUGGAACAGCAAUGCUGGAACAGUGAUGGUGGAACAGUAAUGGUGUGACUGUGACAGUGGAACUUUAAUGAUGAAAUAGCAAUGGUGGAACAGUAUUGGUAGAACAAUAAUGGUGGAACUGUGAUAGUGGAACUGUGAUGGUGUAACAGUGGAACAAAGAUGGUGCAACAGAAAUGUUGGAACACUAAUGGGGGAGUAGUUAUGGUAGAAUGGCGACGGUAAAACAGUAAUGGCCGAACAAUAAUUGUUGACCAGUAAUCGUCGAACAGUGAUGGUGGAACAGUGGAACAAAGAUGGUGGAACAGUAAUGGUGGAACACUAAUGGUGGAGUAGUAAUGGUGUAACGGUGACGGUAAAACAGUAAAGGUCGAAUAAUAACUGUGGACCAGUAAUGGUCGAACAGUGAUGGUGGAACAGUAGUGGUAUAAAACUGAUGUUGGAACAGGGAUGGUGGAACAGUGGAAGGGAGAAGGUGGAACAGUAAGACACCGAGAAAAAGUAUUUGGUGACGUUCUCGUUAGUAAACAAGCCUUCCUAGACAGUAGAAACAUAAAUUUAUAAAAUUGGCAAAGUGGUUUUUUGUUCAAAAAGUUAAAGUUUUUCUAUGUUUUGUUUUUAUCAAAACUGAUCGUGAAAAAUUUGUUUGCUGACGUUCUAGGUAGAAAAGAAGCUUUUAAGACUAUAAGAACAUCGUUUAUGAAAAACGCAAAAUUGUAAUUUUUCCAAAGGGGUUAGUCUAUUUUUUUGUCAAAAAUUUGAGAUUUUCUGAACUUUGAUUUUUAUGCAAAAUCGACCAAGAAAAAGUAUCUGAGGAACGUUCUUGUUAUAAAACAAGUUUCUUGUAAUCAUUUGUAAACCAUGUAACCCCUUGUAACCCCCUGUAACCCUUUGUAUCCCCCUGUAAUUUUCUGUAACCCCCAGUAACCCCUUGUAACCCACUGUUGGCCGUUGUAACCAUCUGUAACCCCUUGUAACCGUAUGUAACCCCUUGGAACCAAUUGUAACCCAUUGUAUAUCCCUAUAACCCCUAGUAGCCUCUUGUAAGCCCUUGUUUCCCCUUGUAGCCCCCUGUAACCCAUUGUAACACCCUGUAAUUUCCUAUAUCGACAUCUAAUAGACUGUGAAAAUAGAUAGUGAAAAAACGAUUUUCGGCGUUGUAUAUAAAACAGGCAUUUCUGGAAUGUUGAAACGUUGGUUUAAAAGCCGCAGAAUUUGCAUUUUUCCAAAGGUGUAAGUGCAUGGUUUUGGUCAAAAAAAUUAGAUUUUUCCACUUUUUGUUUUAUGCAAAAUACACCGACUAAAAGUAUUUGGUGACGUUCACGUUAGAAAACAGGCCUUUCGGGACAACAGAAACAUGGAUUUAAGUAAACCGAAAAAUUGGCAUUUUUGCAAAGGGGUUUGUCAAUGAUUUUGCUCAAAAAAGUUGAAUUUUUUUAUCUUUUGUUUUUAUCAAGCAUGGGUCGAGAAAGAGUGUUUGCUGACUUUCUCGAUAGAAAAGCCAACAAUAACCCAACAAAUUUCGCCUUUUUUGAAAAGGGUAAGUCCAUCGUUUUCGUC